AGCCCACCGGCUACGCAGGCCAAACCACCUACCCUCCACAACCGCGAGGGAUGUCAGAGCCCGCAUCCACUUCUAUCACCCCGAGCCAUACUCCAACAUCAAAGUCUUCGCAGACCUGUCGGCCUCCACACUACAAUUCCGUAAAUCGCUGUCCCAAAUUACAACCACCCUCAGAUCCAAUGAUAUCGGAUACUGCUGGGGAUUUCCGGCGAAAUUGUUGAUACAGAAGCAAGGUGUGAUACACGCAGUGGCGACGGAGGCAGAAG